AUUCAGAAAGCGGGGACCGCACUCAAACCUCUUCACAGUGACGCCAGCAAUAAUCAAACCGAUCUUGCUAUGAUUAAACACUCAAUCAUUUAUUCAUUCAUUUCCCCUAUAAAUUGACUCCAAUUCCCACCAUUCCCAGCUCUUCAGCGUCAUCCCACAAAAGAUCUCCCCCAUUUCCAGUCAUUUUUAUUACAAUGGCGGAAGAGUUCGAGGAGUCCGAGGUUGUCUUCAACGUUAACGACGAAGGCGGCGACGGCGGCCGCGAUUUCCAGCUGAGUUCGAAGGAAUUCACGAGGAAGAAGCUGAAGAAGAAGCAGAACUCGACGGUUCCGGUGAGCAUCCCGGAGAAGGUGUCGUGGCUCCGGUACGUGGACCCCGAUUUGGAUAACGACGACGGCGGCGAGAUGGUGCCGCCGCACGUCAUCGUGGGGCGGCGCGUGGCCGGGAAGAUGAUGGCCUUCUCCGUUUGCACGGGCAACGGGAGGACUCUCAAGGGACGGGAUUUGAGCCAAGUCCGUAACUCCAUUCUCAAGCUCACCGGUUUUCUAGAAACGUGAUGAGAAUUUAAUUUAAUUGGAUUGAAUUAAAUUAAAUUAAAUUCCAAGUUUUUCUUCUUUUUUUAAAGGAUUUUUGGGAUCCAUUCUUGUCCGAUCGUUUCAGAAAUUAGAUGUUAUAUAGUGAUUGUCGGAGUUUCUAAGAAUUGUGUUCCUUUGUUGUAAGUGAAAAAAAAAAAAUUGAAAAUGAAAAACACCCUCAAAAAAGAGAGGGAAUUAGAGAAAGAAAGGAAAAAAUGUGAUUUAAUCAAGUCAUUUUAAAUUAUGUUAUAUAAAAAAAGGUGAUUAUAAAUUUUGUGAUUA